AUGGGAUCAGCCGGAUAUGUCGCUCGCCGCAUCGCCUUCGGACACGUCGCUCACAUCGUCGUCACCUUCGCCGGCAUCGUCGUCACCUUCGACGGCGCCUCCAUCACCAUCGUUGACCACGUCACCUUCCUUCACACCGCUCGGCCAGUUCCCUCCCAGGAGCCGGUCACUGGCUUGUGGGAAGUGGCUACCCUCGCCUGCUCGCCGUCCUUCGCCGUCGCCGGUCUCCAUUCGCCAUCCCCUGUUGGCUGCCGCCCUCAGCCCCUCACUGCCGCUCGGUUCAGUGAGUUAACUGGCUUUUGUACUGGUAUAGCCCCAGAUGUGGUUGGGACAUACAACGACCUUCGUGAUCGAAUAUUUUCUAAACAUCUAGAUUUGUUCCCCGAGAAGGCUUCUACUAUAGUACCCAACGAAGAACCCCGUAAAAGGCGCCUCCUCAUCCGUCAUUCUGUCGAGCAACUCAGACGCGCCGCCGUUGCUAUGCUUCUCCGACCCCGCCCCUUCCUCCUGCAGGCCCUCACACCGCUUCCCUUCUCCUGUGGCCCCCUCGCGGUCCGCCGCACGCUCUCAGCGCACGCCGCGGCAGCCGGGGCCGCCCCCCGCGGCGAUGCGCCCGCGCCGGCGCGAACCCGCCACAAGAACUCCCGGAAGGCCGAGCCGCCUAGGGUGCCCACGGAUACGGCGCUGUUCUUCCCGCCGGGGGUAGACCGUGACGCGGCUGUGGCGGCGGAGAUGUUGAUUCCGGGGUCGAACAUCGUGGUGGGACCGUACGCCGGGGACGCGAGGGUAAAGGAGGCUGAGUUCAUCGGGUGCAGCGCGCACGCCCGGGACUGCCCGAAGGACGACCGCCCCGAGUUCGCCGUCCUCGGCCGCUCCAACGUCGGCAAGUCCUCUCUCAUCAAUACGCUCACGCGCCGCAAUGAAGUCGCACUCACCUCCAAGAAGCCUGGGAAGACUCAAACAAUUAACCACCAUUUGAUUAACAAGAGUUGGUACCUUGUGGAUUUGCCUGGUUACGGGUUUGCAGCUGCGUCCAAGACAGCUCGAACGGAUUGGUCUUCAUUUACCAAGGGGUAUUUCUUGAACAGGGACACUUUGGUCGGUGUACUGCUCCUUGUUGAUGCUAGUGUUCCAACUCAACAAAUUGACCUCGACUGUGCUAACUGGCUUGGUCGUAACAAUGUCGGGCUAACCUUUGUGUUCACCAAGUGUGACAAAGUAAAGAAAGGCAAAGGGGGUCGGCCUGAUGAGAACAUCAAAGUGUUCCUGGAGAACAUCGGUUCGCUCUAUCCAAGGCCUCCUCCAUGGAUCAUGACGAGCAGCACCACAGGACUAGGCCGCGACGGGCUGCUCCUCCAUAUGUCGCAGCUGAGGAACUACUGGGACAAUGAGGCAACCUAGGUCAGUGCUUCUUCAGGCUUGGGACAGCUAAAGCUAGGAGCAACAGUACUUGCAGAAGAGAGCAGCACAAACCGAUCAUCCUGCCUGACGAACUUCAGUUUCUGGACUUCACCGAUGGAUCGUGCUUUGCAUAGACUUCAGGUUCAGUUUCAUUGCGCUGGCCUCUUGAUGUAUAGCGGAAGAUGAUUCACGAUACGCAGACAUGAUACAGUAAUACCGCGCCCCUUCUGGUCCAUGUUUGUUGUAGUAAUAUUUGGCUCACCUGCGGAAGUAAAGUCUCGUCCACUUGUUACGAUA